AUGGCGCCUGAGUCUUGGCAGCAGCAGUUCGACACCUGCGAAGUCCACCUCCUCUCAGCUCCGACGCCCUGGGCGCUGCACGAGCGGCACGGGGGCGCCCGCCGCGCUAGACCGGGCGGCAUGUCGCUCUCGACCCGGCGGACAUGCCGCUUCCAGGCGGCUGGGACCCGGAAGUCCACGGUAUGGGGCUUCGAGGUGCCGCUGGAGGAUGCGGAGAGCGGGGGCGGACAACACGUGACUGCAAUCACGGGCACGAGCAACGCGCCUGGCGGAGUGUGGCAGAGAUGCAGCGAGUUCGCAAUGGGCGAUUGGCCCAUUCGCUGGGUCAUGCUGUGUUCCUGGACAUACAUAUUCACCACUGCUGCGGGCCUCGUGCUCGCCCUGAUGACCAGCCCAGCCUACGGUGGCCCUACUGGACUGAAUCUGAAUCUUCUGUUCCAGUUCAUCUACACACUCACGUACUGGUCCUUCCUUUUGAUGUUUGUCUUCAUGGACCCUAGGCUUCCAAAGCUUUAUAUGCUCGGAGUCAUGCUGUUCACGCUCGGGUACACCGCCUUCCUGGGCUAUUAUUCCCUGGUCGUGCUCGAGGUCGACGCCAGCCGAGCGAAGCGGUGGUUGAGCUUUGCAGGCGCCCAGCUCUUUCUCUGGGGCGCCGCGGCGCUCGUCAGACCGACGUUCCACUUUGCCGGUGGGGUGUACCUCCCGUGGAAGCGGGCGCCGUCGCUCCUGUGGGGGAAUGCGUGCUUCCUGCUCGGGUCCGCCCUGUUCGUGCACGACUCCGCGUCCGUGGUGAUCGGUGGCUGCGAGCACAGGCAGUGGGAGGCAGCUCUGGGCGUGGCGGUGUUCCUGGUGGGGCGCCUGUUCUUUCUGCGCGGCGCGCAGGCGCCGCAGUGCGACUGGCUGUUCCGCGAUCGGCGGGGCGGCGGGGGCCGGGACAUCGAGAUGACUGCGAAGACCUGGCCUCUCAACGUCUGCAGCAAUCUCCGCCUCUCUGGGGCCGUCUGCAGCGCCGUCCGCAGCGCAGCGUUGUCCGCGACCGCCCCGAGCGAGGCCCCUUCGGUGACGCCCAGGGUGCGCAGCUCGAGCCCGUCGGCGUGGUGGGAAGCGGAGCCCGCGCACACUUCCAACGCGGCAUACCGGCAGCGCGGCGCCGUCACGCCCCGCCGCCCGGGCCCCGCCGCCGCGGGCUCGCCGGCCCGCGGCGCGCUCCCGUUGCAGCAGGCCGUGUCUGGCCACAGCACGGUCGCCGCCGAGGAGCAGCGCCGGCUCCCGGGCGAAGGGUGCCGGGCGGCGCCCGGCAGCCUGGCCGGCAGCCUGGCCUGCCGCCUGGGUGCCCUCGAGGAGAGCCACGCGCGGGAGGCGGGCAUGAGCAGGGAGGUGCUGGGCAACCUGGCCGAGCAGCUGGCAGCCGCCAGGGGUGCCCUGAGCGAUCUCGCAGCUCAGCUGCGGGCGCUUGAGGGUCAGCGCCGGCACGAUUCGCCCGCUGGCGGCCCGCUGGGCGGCGCUGCGGCUCGCGUGCAGCGCGCGCUCGAGGGACAAGUCGGCUCGCCGCAUGGCGCUCCGGCCAGGGGCCCGGAGGCCCCCGAGGACAAGGUGGGCACGCCGCGAGGAGGGCCGCCGGCGCGGCCCGGAGCGCCGGAGCAGCCGCGGCGCUGGCGGCCGAGCCUCGGCGGGCCGGAGGGCGUCGCCCCGCCCGCGGACGCGGGCGAGCGGGUCGGCGCUGUGGAGGAGGCGCUGCGGCAGAAGCUGAGCGAGCUGGCCGCGCGGCUCGCUGCCGUGGAGGAGCUGCAGCAGAGGGAGCCGUCGGAGCGAGCGACGCGUCUCGGCGGUCUCGGCACGGCACAGGGCAGCGGGGCCAUGGGCGAGCUGGCCUCGCGGCUGGGCGUCUUAGAGGAGUGGCGGCGGCAGCACAGCCCGCGGGCCGAGGAGUCGCUGAGCGACGUGGCCGCCAGCUUCCGAGCCCUGGAGGAGAGGCAGCGGCAGGAGCAGGCCCAGGGCAGGGAGGCGCUGGACGAGCUGAGCGGGCGGAUCGUUGCUCUGGAAGUGUGGCGGCAGCAGGACGGCAUUCGGUGUAAGCAGUUGUCGGAUGGCUUUGCUUCCCAGCUGCGCAUCGAAGAGCGACAGCAGCGGGAGCUUGCCAAGCGGCUAGAGUUGCUGAGCGAUCCGACCACGCUGCUCGGCGCUGUAGAUGACCGACGACAGCUGGACAACUCAGGUUACACCGAAUCGCUGAGCGAACUAAGCACGCGGCUCGGUGCCCUGGAAGAAAAACAACAGCAGGACAGUACGGAAGAGAGCGAAUGCCUGAGCGAGCUGAGCGCACGGAUCGGUGUCGUGGAGUUGCAGCAGCAGGAGUGUAUCAGAGGCGCCGCGUCAUUGCGCGAAAAUUCUAAAGACUGGCACUGUGGUCGGAGCGAGUUGGCCAUUCGACUGGAUGCUCUGGAGGAGUGGCGACAGCAAAGCGAAAAAAGCAGCGAUUGUCUGAACAACUUGGCAUCCAGUCUCGGCGCUCUGGACGCCGCGUGGGGCAAGGGAUCGUUGAGCGAGCUGACCACCCAGCUCGGUGGCUUGGAGGAGCGACGACGACAAGAUGCGACAGAGAGCAGGGAGGCUUUGGGUGAGCUGGCCGUGCGGUUUGGUGCUCUGGAGAGGUGGCGGCAGCAAGGGCAAGCUCAAGACAAGGAGUCCCAUGGCGAGCUCGGCGCGCGGCUCAGUGCUUUGGAGGAGUGGCGGCAGCAUGAGAGCGCCCAGGGCAGGGAUACGGUGAACGACCUGACCACCCGGCUCGGCGCCCUGGACGCUGCCUGGGGCAAGGGGUCGCUGAGGGAGCUGACCACCAAGCUCGGUGGCUUGGAGGAGCGACGACGACAGCGACGACGACAGAACGCCAUAGAGUGCAGGGAGUCUCUGAGCGAGUUGAGCACGCGGCUUGGUGUUCUGGAGAGGUGGCGGCAGCAAGGGCAAGCUCAAGAAAAAGAGUCGUUGGGCAAGCUCGGCGCGCAGCUGGGUGCUCUAGAGGAGUGGCGACAGCAUGAGAGCGCCCACAACAGGAAGUCACUGAACGACCUGACCACCAGGCUCGGCGCCCUGGACGCUGCCUGGGGCAAGGGGUCGCUGAGCGAGCUGACCACCCAGCUUGGUGGCUUGGAGGAGCGACGACGACUGGACGCCACAGAGUCCAGGGAGUCCUUGAGUGAGCUGAGCACGCGGCUUGGUGUCCUGGAGAGAUGGCGGCAGCAAGGGCACGCUAAAGACGAGGAGUUUGGUAGCGAGCUUGGCACGCGGCUGGGUGCCCUGGAGGAGUGGCGACACCAAGAAAUCGCCCGCAGCAGGGGGCGCAGGGAUGCACUUAACGACCUGACCACCCGGCUCGGCGCUCUGGACGCUGCCUGGGGCAAGGGGUCGCUGAGCGAGCUGACCACCCAGCUUGGUGCCAUGGAGAAAGGACGACAGCAUGAUGCCACAGAUUGCAGAGAAUCUUUGAGAGAGAUGAACACGCAGCUUGGUGUUCUGGAGGAGUGGUUGCAACAAGGACGCUCGUUGGACAAGGAGUCGAUUGGCGAGCUUUGCACGCGCCUGGGUGCUCUUGAGGAGUGGCGACAGCGAGAAAGCGCCCAUAGCACGGGUCUGUUGAACGAUCUGACCACCCGUCUCGACGCUCUGGACGCCGCUUGGGGCAAGGGGUCGCUGAGUCAGCUGACCACCCAGCUCAGUGAAGGGCGUGCGCAAGACGAGGAGUUGAUUAGCGAGCUUGGUACGCGGCUGGGUGCUCUUGAGGAGUGGCGACAGCAAGAAAGCGCCCACAGCAGGAAGUCAAUGAACGACCUGACCACCCGGCUCGGCGCUCUGGACGCUGCCUGGGGCAAGGGGUCGCUCAGCGAGUUGACUGUCGAACUCGGUGGCUUGGAGGAGGGGCGACGACGGGACGGCUUGCAACUGACAGACGUGGCAACCCGGCUAGGCCUCUUGGAGGAAUGGAAACGGCAUCAACUUGCAUGUGAGGAGGAGAUGCUCGGCAAGUUGGCAUCGCGGCUGGUCGCACUGGAAGAGUGGCGGCACCAGGACAGCACAAGAGGAGGCGAGCCCCUGAACGAGCUGACUACGAGAGCCGCCGUUCCCACAGGGCAGCAUAAGGAGCACAUCGUCAGCAUGGAGUCAGUGAGUGAGCUGGCCGCGCGUCUCUGCGCCCUGGAGGCGUAUCAGCAGCAGUGCGGCGAACAUGGCAGGGAAUCGCUGGGAGACUUCGCCGCGCGCCUGACAGCCCUGGAAGAGCGGCAGGAGCAGCUGGGCGCUGCGGAGGAGCGCGCCCCCGCGCCGCCCGCCGCCGCCACGCUCGUGCCGACGCUGGCCGCGGGGCCCGCGGAGCCCGCGGUGCCGGCGCUGGCGCUGCCGACGCUUGCCGCGGGCGCGCUGCGCCCGCCCGCGCCGCCGGCGCUGGCGGCGCCGCCGGUGCGCUGGGGCCACUACGACCCUUGCCGCAUCGCGGGGCCUGCGAGCGGUACCAGCCGGGGCACCAGCGGAGGCCCCCAGCUGCUGAGCUGCGCGCUGGUGCUGCUGGGGGGGGUCCACGAGGCGGUGCAGUCCCUGGAGCCCGUCGUCCUGCUGGGCGUGGUCGGCUACGUCUGGGGCGGGACGUGGGACGACCCGGGCGAGCCCGUCAAGCGCCGCCGGCCCAGGGCCGGCGUGAGCACCGGCUGCGCCCUGGCGAAGGAGUGA